UGCGCGCGCGUACCUCACUGCGCAUGUGCGUUGCCAGGGGUAGCUCGGGUAGCCAAAGUGGCUCGCGGAGCCGGCCGUGUUGCUGAGGCGGGGAGGAGGGGCCCGAGGUGUGAGGGAAGCCGCGAUGCGGGCCGUGUUGACGUGGAGAGAUAAAGCCGAGCAGUGUAUAUAUGACCUCGCAUUUAAGCCUGAUGGAACGCAACUGAUUUUGGCUGCAGGAAACAGAUUACUGGUCUAUGACACUUCUGAUGGCACCUUACUUCAGCCCCUAAAGGGACACAAAGAUGCUGUGUACUGUGUGGCGUAUGCGAAGGAUGGCAAGCGCUUUGCUUCUGGAUCAGCGGACAAAAGCGUUAUUAUCUGGACGUCAAAAUUGGAAGGCAUUCUGAAGUACACGCACGGUGAUUCUAUCCAGUGUGUCUCCUACAAUCCUGUUACUCACCAACUGGCGUCUUGUUCCUCCAGUGACUUUGGCUUAUGGUCACCUGAACAGAAGUCUGUCUCUAAGAACAAAUCCAGCAGCAAGAUCACCUGCUGCAGCUGGACAAAUGAUGGUCAGUACCUGGCUCUGGGAAUGUUCAAUGGGAUCAUCAGCAUACGGAACAAAAACGGCGAGGAGAAAGUGAAGAUUGAGCGGCCGGGGGGCUCCCUUUCCCCAGUAUGGUCCAUCUGCUGGAACCCUUCAAGAGAGGAACAUAAUGACAUCCUGGCUGUAGCUGAUUGGGGACAGAAACUUUCCUUCUACCAACUGAGUGGAAAACAGAUUGGGAAGGAUCGGUCACUGAACUUUGAUCCCUGCUGCAUCAGCUACUUUACUAAAGGGGAGUACAUUUUGCUGGGGGGCUCAGACAAGCAAGUAUCCCUUUUCACCAAGGAUGGAGUGCGGCUUGGGACUGUUGGGGAGCAGAACUCCUGGGUGUGGACGUGUAAAGUGAAGCCCGAUUCCAACUAUGUGGUGGUAGGCUGCCAGGAUGGCACCAUUUCCUUCUACCAGCUUAUUUUCAGCACAGUCCACGGGCUCUAUAAGGACCGGUACGCCUACAGGGAUAACAUAACUGAUGUCAUCGUGCAGCACCUGAUCACCGAGCAGAAAGUUCGGAUUAAAUGCAAAGAGCUUGUCAAGAAAAUUGCCAUCUACAAAAAUCGGUUAGCUAUUCAGCUGCCGGAGAAAAUCCUCAUCUAUGAGCUGUCUUCAGAUGACUCGUUGGACAUGCACUACCGGGUGAAGGAGAAGAUUAUCAGGAAGUUCGAAUGCAACCUCCUGGUGGUGUGUGCUGAUCACAUUAUCCUCUGUCAGGAGAAACGGCUGCAGUGCCUGUCCUUCAGUGGCGUGAAGGAGCGGGAGUGGCAGAUGGAGUCUCUCAUUCGCUACAUCAAGGUGAUUGGUGGCCCUCCCGGAAGGGAAGGGCUGUUAGUAGGCCUGAAGAAUGGACAGAUUCUGAAGAUCUUCGUGGACAACCUCUUUGCCAUCAUCCUGCUGAAGCAGGCCACAGCUGUGCGCUGCUUGGACAUGAGUGCCUCCCGCAACAAGCUGGCCGUGGUCGAUGAAAAUGACAUGUGUCUGGUGUAUGACAUCCACACCAAGGAGUUGCUUUUCCAGGAACCAAAUGCCAACAGUGUGGCCUGGAACACCCAGUGUGAGGACAUGCUCUGCUUCUCGGGAGGAGGCUACCUCAGCAUCAAAGCCAGCACCUUCCCUGUGCACCAGCAGAAGCUGCAGGGCUUCGUGGUCGGCUACAACGGCUCCAAGAUUUUCUGCCUCCAUGUCUUCUCCAUGUCAGCUGUGGAGGUGCCACAGUCUGCUCCCAUGUACCAGUACCUGGAUAGGAAAAUGUUUAAAGAAGCCUACCAGAUCGCCUGCUUGGGUGUGACAGAUACUGAUUGGCGUGAACUGGCCAUGGAAGCUUUAGAAGGAUUAGAGUUUGAAACAGCAAAGAAGGCCUUCAUCAGAGUACAAGACCUCCGGUAUUUAGAGCUCAUCAACAGCAUUGAGGAGAGGAAGAAGCGGGGAGAGACCAACAAUGACCUGUUUCUGGCAGAUGUGUUUUCCUACCAGGGGAAGUUCCACGAGGCCGCCAAACUGUACAAGAGGAGUGGGCACGAGAACCUCGCACUUGACAUGUACACCAACCUCCGCAUGUUCGAGUAUGCCAAGGAUUUCCUUGGAUCUGGAGACCCCAAAGAAACAAAGAUGCUAAUCACCAAACAGGCUGACUGGGCUAGAAAUACCAACGAGCCCAAAGCUGCUGUGGAGAUGUACAUCUCAGCAGGAGAGCACGUCAAGGCCAUAGAGAUCAGUGGCGACCAUGGCUGGGUUGACAUAUUGAUCGACAUUGCUCGGAAGCUGGACAAGGCUGAGCGGGAGCCCCUGCUGAUGUGUGCCCACUACUUCAAGAAGCUUGAUAACCCUGACUAUGCUGCCGAGAUUUACCUGAAGAUUGGCGACCUGAAGGCCUUGGUUCAGCUGCAUGUGGAGACCCAGCGCUGGGAUGAGGCCUUUGCUUUGGGCGAGAAGCAUCCCGAAUUUAAGGAUGACAUCUAUGUGCCGUAUGCUCAGUGGCUAGCAGAGAAUGAUCAUUUUGAGGAAGCCCAGAAAGCGUUCCACAAGGCUGGGAGGCAGGCGGAGGCCGUCAGGGUGCUGGAGCAGCUCACACACAACGCCGUAGUGGAGAGCAGGUUCCGCGACGCGGCCUAUUAUUACUGGGUGCUGUCCAUGCAGUGCCUCGCUGUAGCUCAAGAUCCUGCCCAGAAGGACACUAUGCUCAGCAAGUUCCACCACUUCCAGCACUUGGCUGAGCUGUACCACGGCUACCAUGCCAUUCAGCGGUACACGGAAGAACCGUUCAGUUUGCAUCUUCCCGAAACCCUCUUCAACAUCUCCAGGUUCCUACUGCACAGCCUGACCAAGGACACCCCCUUGGGUAUCUCUAAAGUGAACACGCUCUUCACUCUGGCCAAGCAAAGCAAGGCCCUGGGUGCCUACAAGCUGGCCCGGCAUGCCUAUGACAAGCUGCAGGGCCUGCAGAUCCCUGCCAGGUUCCAGAAGUCCAUUGAGCUGGGCAGUCUGACCAUCCGCUCCAAGCCCUUCCAUGACAGCGAGGAGCUGGUACCUUUGUGCUACCGCUGCUCCACCAACAACCCAUUGCUGAACAACUUGGGCAAUGUUUGCAUCAAUUGCCGCCAGCCCUUCGUCUUCUCUGCCUCUUCUUACGAGGUGCUGCACCUGGUUGAGUUCUACCUGGAGGAGGGCAUUACUGACGAAGAAGCUGUCUCCCUCAUUGACCUGGAGGCACCAAGACCCAAGCACAAGAACAAAUGGCAAGAGAUCACGAGCAGCAGUAUCCUGGGCGCUGGCUGGAGCCCUAUGGUGUGUCACGCCUGUGCUGGUGGCUCCAACUCUUCCAGUCACAUCCCUUUUAUGGCCAGGGACAAAACCCACAACUCAGAGCAAACAGAAAGGUGUAAAGAAGCCAGUUACAGAGGAAUGCGCAGCUGGAUCUAGGUGCUCUGUGGGUGCUGGGGGAGGCUGUCCCCUGCCUCCUGCCUCUGCUGGCCUCUGGGUGGCUUUGUUCUUAGGCAGCUCCUGCCCCAUCCCCCCAGCAGUGCCAACCCCAAAUCCCCUCAGCCUUGCAACCCCUCAGAAUGUGCCGAUGCUCCUCCUAGUGUGUCGGCAAAAUACCAGGGCUUGCCCUCACUGGAACACCUGGGGCCAAGGGCCACAGCUCAGUUUAACCAUGUGGCCAGGGCCGUGUUCAUCGGCCUUGCUGAGCACAGGAGGGGGGCUUCUGCGAGUGAGUGUGCACACUCAUUGCCCGGGGCAGCGGGGUCGGCAGGUCUGGGUGGGCUGGGAGCCUGCGUUUCUGUAAGCUCCCAGGCAGUGCCAAUGCUGCUGGUCUGUGGACCACACUUUGAGGCACAGGGAAAAGAGGAAAACCCAAUUGUUUGCUGAAGAAAGAAGACAGAAACCGCGUCUGCACACACACAGCUGCUUAGGCUGAGUUGUGGCUGCCAUGCGGGGUCACGUCCUGUACCUGACUUGGUGCCAGCAGCCUCUCUUCCCUUGGGGUGGGCCAUGUCAUGGGAGUCCCGCUUCCCUGGCCCCCCACAGCUCCUCCACCACUGCCUGGCAGAGGGGAUGGCAUCCUGGGCACCUUCCCCGAGUCUGGCUGGCCUUGGGAUCUGGAGGCACUCUCACCCACUGCUCCAUGAAAUGUCACCUGUGAGGCCAUCUCCAAUGCCUACAG